GACGUGCGGGGCUCGCGGUUUUAUAAAUAGAUGGGCCAGGUCCCUCUCCACUCGCGCGCGUCCGUUCCGUCUCCUCUCCGCCUCGUCUCAGUCGACUCUCUCCAUCUCCAUUUCCGCCGCUCUCCCGCCGGCACUCCCCACCGCCGCAGCCUCUCCGUCCUCCGCUUCGCUCCCCGUCCGGCCCCCGUCAGAGCUAUGGCGUCGCACAUUGUUGGCUAUCCUCGCAUGGGGCCCAAGAGAGAGCUCAAGUUUGCGCUGGAAUCUUUCUGGGAUAAGAAGAGCAGUGCUGAGGAGUUGCAGAAGGUGGCAGCUGACCUGAGGGCAUCGAUCUGGAAGCAGAUGGCUACUGCAGGAAUCAAAUACAUUCCCAGCAAUACUUUCUCUUACUAUGAUCAGGUGUUAGAUACCACAGCUAUGCUGGGUGCUGUUCCUCCCAGAUAUGGCUGGAAUGGGGGUGAGAUUGGAUUUGACACCUACUUCUCCAUGGCUAGGGGUAAUGCCUCUGUCCCAGCUAUGGAAAUGACCAAGUGGUUUGACACCAACUACCACUAUAUCGUCCCUGAGCUAGGACCAGAUGUUAAGUUCUCUUAUGCAUCUCAUAAGGCAGUCGAUGAGUUCAAGGAGGCCAAAGCUCUUGGAGUUGAUACGGUUCCAGUCCUUGUCGGCCCUGUGUCCUACUUGUUGCUUUCCAAACCUGCUAAGGGUGUUGAGAAAUCCUUUUCUCUUCUCUCCCUUAUUGGAAAGAUUCUUCCAAUCUACAAGGAGGUUGUUACUGAACUGAAGGCAGCGGGUGCCACCUGGAUACAGUUUGAUGAGCCAACUCUUGUGAUGGAUCUCGAUUCUCACCAAUUGCAAGCCUUUACUAUUGCCUACUCAGAGCUAGAGUCAUCCUUGUCUGGCCUGAGUAUUCUUAUUGAGACAUACUUUGCUGAGGUGCCUGCAGAGGCGUACAAGACACUCACCUCUUUGAAAGGCAUUUCAGGCUUUGGAUUUGACCUAGUUCGUGGAACAAAGACCCUCGAUUUGGUUAAAGGUGGAUUUCCUUCUGGCAAAUAUCUUUUUGCUGGAGUAGUAGAUGGAAGAAACAUUUGGGCUAAUGAUCUGGAUUCAUCUCUCAAAACCCUGCAAGCCCUUGAAGGUGUCGUUGGAAAAGAUAAGGUUGUUGUUUCAACAUCCUGUUCUCUUCUUCACACUGCUGUGGACCUAGUAAAUGAAACUAAAUUGGAUAAAGAGAUCAAGUCAUGGCUCGCAUUUGCUGCACAAAAAGUUGUUGAAGUAAAUGCCUUGGCCCAGGCAUUAUUUGGACUGAAGGAUGAGACUGUUUUCUCUACUAAUGCUGCGGCCCAAGGUUCGAGAAAGUACUCCCCAAGGGUGACAAAUGAGGCUGUCCAAAAGGCUGCUGCUGCUUUAAAGGGCUCUGAUCACCGCCGGGCCACAAAUGUCAGUGCCAGGCUAGAUGCUCAGCAGAAGAAACUGAACCUUCCAAUUCUUCCCACCACCACCAUCGGAUCAUUCCCUCAGACAAUGGAGCUUAGAAAAGUACGCAGGGAAUACAAGGCCAAAAAGAUUUCUGAGGAUGAUUAUGUCAAGGCCAUCAAGGAGGAGAUUAGCAAAGUUGUCAAGCUUCAGGAAGAGCUUGACAUUGAUGUUUUGGUACAUGGAGAGCCUGAGAGGAAUGAUAUGGUUGAGUACUUUGGUGAGCAAUUGUCUGGUUUUGCCUUCACUGUCAAUGGGUGGGUACAAUCUUAUGGGUCACGAUGUGUUAAACCACCCAUUAUCUAUGGUGAUGUCAGCCGCCCCAAGGCUAUGACAGUCUUUUGGUCUUCAAUGGCUCAAAGCAUGACAAAACGUCCUAUGAAGGGAAUGCUCACUGGUCCUGUUACCAUUCUGAACUGGUCUUUUGUAAGAAAUGACCAACAAAGAUCUGAAACCUGCUAUCAAAUUGCUCUGGCUAUUAAGGAUGAGGUUGAGGAUCUUGAGAAAGCUGGUGUCACUGUUAUUCAAAUCGACGAGGCUGCUUUAAGAGAGGGUUUGCCUCUUAGGAAGUCUGAGCAGGCCUUCUAUCUUGACUGGGCUGUUCACUCAUUCAGGAUAACUAAUUGUGGUGUUAAAGAUACUACCCAGAUCCAUACUCACAUGUGCUAUUCAAAUUUCAAUGACAUCAUCCACUCAAUAAUCAACAUGGAUGCUGAUGUGAUCACCAUUGAGAAUUCCAGAUCAGAUGAGAAGCUGCUCUCAGUUUUCCGUGAAGGAGUGAAAUAUGGCGCUGGCAUUGGUCCUGGUGUCUAUGACAUUCAUUCGCCCAGAAUCCCAUCCACAGAAGAAAUUGCUGAUAGAAUUAACAAGAUGCUCGCGGUCCUUGAGAGCAACAUUCUUUGGGUCAACCCUGAUUGUGGCCUCAAAACCCGCAAAUACCCUGAAGUUAAUCCUGCUCUGAGCAACAUGGUUGCUGCCGCCAAGCUCCUCCGCGCCCAGCUUGCCAGUGCUAAGUGAGUUUACUAGGUAAUUAUCAGAUGUUACUGUUCCUUGUGAUGUGAAGUUUCAGUCGAAAGCUCAAAUAAGUGGCCCCCCUCCCUUCCUUUUUUAGUGAGAUGAAUGUUCCACAUUUUGGUCUUGUUUUUUCAUGUCACGCAAGUUGAUUAUGUAUACAUAGUUCUUGGAUGUGUACUGGUUA